AGCACAAGCUGCCUGUGAUUCUGCCCCGUGGGGCGCGUAGGGUUUCUCUAUCUUUCUUAUUUCACUCCGAAAAUUUGCGCCUAUGGCGAGAUACCGAAGCCGGAGCAGAAGCUCCAGCCCUCGCCGGCGAAGCAGAACCCCACGGCGUGGACGCAAACGGUACGACGAUGAACCUCGUGAUCGCUACCGCGAAAGCAGGUCCUACAGAGACCGCCGCUCUCCUGCUCCUUCAGGCUUGCUGGUCCGUAAUCUUCCGCUCGACGCGAGGCCUGAAGAUCUCAGGGGCCCCUUUGAGCGCUAUGGCCCUGUGAAAGAUGUAUAUCUUCCUAAGAAUUACUACACUGGUGAGCCCCGGGGCUUUGGCUUUGUCAAAUUCCGGUAUGCUGAAGAUGCUGCUGAAGCAAAGCAACAACUUAAUCAUACUGUUAUUGGCGGGCGGGAAAUAAGAAUUGUGUAUGCUGAGGAAAAUAGGAAAACUCCUCAAGAAAUGCGUAUGAAUGGUCGCAUAAGUGGUCGAUAUGGAGGAAAUGGUAGAAGGAGAACUCCCACAAGAUCCCCAAGGCGCCGAUAUCGUUCCUACUCAAGGUCUCCAUCACCGGCUGGGGAUCACACAAGGGAUCAUAGGGACAGGGACAAUUAUUAUUCUCCUGAGCGAUCAAGAUCUUAUUCCAUGUCUCCUUCACCUCGUGGAAGGAAGGACUACAGGAGGUCCCCAAGUCCAAGGGAGAAUGGUCGGAGUCCUGAUGACAGGAGGGAUCAUACACGUAGUAGAUCAGAGACUCCCAGGGGUAAUGGUCGUAGUCCCUCAAGGUCUCGUUCACGGUCAUACAGGUAUGGCUUCUGCAGGUCUGCCAACUUGAGUAACCAUAUUUGCCAAUCAUUGCAUGUCAAAUUUCUGCCCAUUCCAAGUAUGAUCCAUAACGAUCAUGUUUAGCCAGCUAAAUCCUGGAAUUAUAACAAGUUUGUGUUAAAGAAAUCCAUUUCUGCUCCCACUUUGAAGCUGAAUACCAAUGUUUAACAGAGUUUCAAAUUUAUGCAGCCAUAUGGUAAGUAGUAUCUUCUGCGUCAUGCUGCAAACAGAAUAUCUGCUUUGCCUCAAGUUUUAAUUCCAUUGCCUUGGGAAUUGAAUUAAUGUUGGGAUAUUUGUGCAAUGACUGAUUAGUUAUUCUUCAUGGUUGUGCAGGCCUCGUUGAUUGGCCGUAAAGCAUAUCAUUUCAGGGUGGCGCUGUGUCUAGUCUUUCCUUGAAAGGGCAAUACAUGUGACGAAUCAAACCUAGAUAUUUUGAGAGGCAGGAAUGUUAAUAUAUCUUAGUCUUUAGCUGACUAUUUUGGGUUUUGUUUCGGAGGAGGCUGCUUUAUUACUGGUAUUUGAACAUUUGCUUACAUCCUUGUCAACUAUGGAAGACUAUCAGUUGGUUAUUUAGGCUUUGGAUUUCUUUUCCCUCGAGUGUUUGCAAUCAAAUUUCUUAACCUCGUGCGAAA